AUGUACACUUACUCUAAUACUAUGGAAUUAAUGAAAUUAAUAACACUAUUAUGUUCUAUAUACUCCAACUUUGCGUCUGAACAUACGCACAUAAUUCCGGUGGAACACUACAAUACGGAACUACAAGAUUUAGGACAGCACGUAGAUAUCCCGGAAACACCUGUUAGGGUUAUUAAAAUCACUAAAACCAUCGCAGUGAAAGUUCCAGUGCCCUAUCCCGUGAAAGUGCUGGAGAAAGUGCCGUACCCAGUGCACGUCUCCAAGCCGUACCCAGUACCCGUUCCGCAGAUAGUUAGAGUGCCCCACGUCAUCAACGUCGGGUCGAAGGGUAAAAGUGGACAUGAGGCUUUGGACGGCAACGCCUACCAAGGCGGCAAUCAGUUGGACGGCAACAGUUACCAGGUUCAAGAGCACCCCUCCUCAGAUAUAGGCCAGGGGUACAGCCCUGGCUCCGGCCACCAGGCGAGCGGAGGAAGCUACGGUCUUAGUCCGCAAUCCGAGGGCGAUGAGCACUUUUCGCAAGGCACCGAUGAAGGUUACGGUGGAUCCCAUUCAAACGGGUACUAUGGCCAGCCAGGCAGCCACGACAACAGCAAUGCGUUCGAAUCGAACAGUUACGAUCAAGCUAUUCAAAACUAUUUAGACAAUCACGGCCCGAGUGGCGGAUCGUCUGUGCCACAUUAU